AGAAACAAACCAGUGGACUGUAAGCUGCGCUGCCUAUCCUUCCACGGUUUCCACCUACCCACCGGUCAGCUCAGUCCACGGCACCGGAGCAUGCUCUCCGUCGGCGGCCGCUUCCAGGGCGGAGCUCCCCCAUGGCGACGGCCCCGGCCACGCUCGCGCCUGGCGUCUCCGCCGGCCUCCAGCAGCGGCGCCGGCGACUCCGAAAAGGCCAGACCUUUGCUCGUGGAGAGGUACCGCGACGGCGCCGCCAAGAGGUAUAUGUUGGACGGCGACUCUAAGCUGCAAGUUCACUGGGAGAAGCAUGAUGAAUCUUCGAUGAACACUGUCGAAGAUGAAAAGGCGAAUUCUUCGAUUCCCCGGGCUGUUAGUGAUUUUGUGCUUCCAGCAGGUUUUCCAGAAUCUGUCUCGGAUGAUUACCUGCAGUACAUGCUAUUGCAAUUCCCCACAAACGUGACAGGAUGGAUCUGUCACACGUUGGUUACAUCAAGUCUUCUGAAGGCUGUAGGUGUUGGGUCCUUCACAGGAACUUCAGCAGCUGCUGCUGCCGCUGCUAUCAGAUGGGUAUCAAAAGAUGGCAUCGGAGCUUUUGGGCGUCUUCUUAUUGGUGGACGAUUUGGAAGACUUUUUGAUGAUGACCCAAAGAAGUGGCGGAUGUAUGCUGAUUUCAUUGGGAGUGCUGGAAGCAUCUUUGAUCUCACCACUCCUCUCUAUCCUGGCUACUUCCUCCCACUUGCAUCAUUGGGGAAUCUUGCAAAGGCUGUAGGAAGAGGAUUUAGAGAUCCUUCCAAUCGUGUUAUCCAAAAUCACUUCGCAAAAUCUGGAAAUCUAGGGGAGAUUGCUGCGAAGGAGGAAGUAUGGGAAGUAGGAGCUCAGCUGGUAGGCCUUUCUAUAGGUGUACUUAUUCUGGACACGCCAGGUAUACAGUCUUCAUACUUAACUCUUACUCUGACAUGGCUGGGUGUUCGUCUUCUGCAUCUUUGGUUUCGCUACCAGUCCCUAGUAGUUCUCAAGUUCCGCACAGUUAACCUAAAACGUGCUCGGAUUCUUGUGAGGUCACAUGUUGCAAAUCAUACAGUUCCUGGCUAUGUUGCUUGCAAUGAGGAAGAGAAUAUUUUAACAUGGGAGAGAUUCUUGCAACCCCGAAUUUCUUUUGGUGUGCCCAUGGAGAGGAUGCUCGGUGGAGAGGAAUCCACUCACAUGGACAUGGUGAAUAUGCUGCUGAAGCUAUACAAGAAUGAGAAGUACAUCCUCUGUGUUGAGCAGCUUGGGUCAGAAGAGGCAACAUACCUGGUUACAUUCAAGGAGGCGGCAACGAGCAUGUCGGUCCUAAGGAGCCUAUGGCAAGCCCACUGGCUUCACCAAAAUCGACUGAAGCAGGACGACGUUUUCGCCUGGCUAGAAGAGAGCCUCGCUGCAUUGGAGGAUGGGUUUGCAAACUUCAUCAAACAGAUGGAGGAAGCUGGCUGGGAUCAAAGCCAAAUCUUCUUGAAGGUGCCAAAAGAACCUGUCUUGGUGUUGGAACACCUUGACCAGGAGGUGUGAGAUGACAGAUGGAUCAUUUUUGGGGUUUGACCAAUGCUAACCAAAUCAGUUCCAACCGAACAACAAACUGAAGCUCAAAGCCUCUGAUGGUAGAUGCUUAGUGAGCUAGUAACAGUCUACAAUGAAAGAAACAUUGUUUGGCAUGUGGCUCAAUGUUUUGUACUGUCAAAAACAGAAAUUCACGGUUAAUCUAGCAUCACUCAGCAGUCAGUAUAGUGGCAUAUUGGUGGAUUUCUGACCCAGUGACAUAAUCUCAGGCAUUCACAUGA